AUGCCUGAAAUUGAUAUAAUCAUAUACCACGGUGGUCCGUUGAAGAAUGCCAAUGCGAACAAGGGAUUGCCAUUUGAAGGGCCGGGUAUAAAGACCUAUUAUACCCAAAUUGAUCGUAGGUUGAAGACCCUUGACGAAUUGAAGAUGAUGGUUAUGGAAGAGUUGUGUAAGAACCCUGCUAUGCACAACAUACACAUUACUUAUCGCAUGCCAAAUGAAAUCCUGAAGCAUCGGAUUAAUUACAAGUACAUGGCGAUAGAAGCAGACAAACAUGUGAAGAUCAUGUUUGACAAGUUGGAGAGAAUACCUGAAGUAACUAACAUUGAGUUGUACAUACAGUUGGAGCCACGUGCAGAAGUUGGUAUUGAGGAGGAAAUCCAACAAACACAAACAAGUUUACAAGUUACAGUUCCAUAUGCUCAAUACCAAUUUGGCGAUAGAGAUGAGAUUGAAGACAGGAUUGAACAAGGGGACUUUAGGGACUUUGAGAGGGACAUUGAUGACGAUGAGACAUUGGACGGUGGUCAACCUGAUGCAUACAAUGUUCUUAGUGUCCAAAACAUUACAGACACAAUCCCUGUGUACUCACCACCUGCCUUGUCAUUUUCUGAAAAUACUUGGGAUAAUGUAUUUGAUCCUUCACAUAUUGAGACACCAUUUGUGUCUAGCUGGAGAGAGGGGAUGAAUUUGUGCAAAGGCUUGACUUUUGCCAAUAAAAUGGAGGUGCAACGCGUAUUAACAAAGUGUGCCCUCAAGGAAAACAAACAUUUUAUCAUCAGUAGGUCAACCACGACAAAACUUUGUGCGAAAUGCGUUGAUGAGUCAUGCACGUGGUAUGUCUGCGUAGUCAUGAAGCCCAAGUUCCACAAUCUAUGGAUGGUCACCGUGUACAAGGGUCCUCACACGUGUAUAUGGACUGGGGUGCGAAAUGAUGGUAGAAUGAUGAGUUGUAAAUUUAUUGCAGAUGACAUCCUUAAGAAGUUAUGUGAGGAUCACACUACCCCAAUUAAGCAUCUCAGAUCUAUGAUAGAGUCGAAAUAUGAGGGACAAAAGCCUUCUUACUACAAGGUGUGGGAUGCGAAACAAAAGGCGAUUGAGAAGAUGUUUGGAAAUUGGGAAGAGUCUUACCAAAGGUUGCAGAAGUUGCUAAUGGCAUAUAUUGAUCAGGAUCCGACGACGCAGGUGUUCUAUCGUACCACAUCCACCGGUGAAGAUGACACAGUAUUUUUGAAUUAUGUGUUUUGGUCUUUCGGUCCAAGCAUUGAUGGAUUCAAAUAUUGCAAGCCGGUUAUCAGUAUUGAUGGGACCCAUCUGUAUGGUAAAUAUCAGGGAAAGUUGUUGGUUGCAAUGGCAACCGACGCUAACAACAAGGUAUUCCCUCUUGCCUUUGCUAUUGUGGAUUCUGAGUCAGGGUCUAGUUGGAGGUGGUUUUUACAAUGCCUCAGAGAUGCGAUUGGCCGCGUGAUACCGUACGAAGGCAUUUGCGUAAUUUCUGACCGACAUCUCGGUAUCAAAAAUGCCAUUGCAAACUGGCCUAGAAGGGAUGAUGGAAGAGCACUGGUAUUUCAUAGAUAUUGCCUUCGACAUGUUGCUAGCAACUUUAACACACAUUUUCAGAACUCGACUCUGAAGUCAGCGGCGUUGAAAGCCGGAUAUGCUAGUCAGGCAGUGAAAUUUACCUCCAUAAUGGAGACCAUUAAGCAGGCGGAAAUUGAGGCCAUUAGAAAUAAGAAGAAGUUGACGGGGAAGGAUGGCAAGGAAAAGAAUCAAGAUUAUCUUCCAUACACAUACCUAAUGAGCGAGUCUGUGGAUAUGUGGACCCAGUCACAUGAUGGUGGGAGACGCUUUGGGGCAAUGACAACCAAUAUAUCAGAGUGCUUCAAUGGUGUAUUGAAAGGUGCACGGGGCCUUCCUAUUGCCGCGUUGGUUGAGUUCACUUGGAACAAACUUGUCAGUUAUUUCCACGACCGUCGCAAAGAAUACCUUUUUGAGUUCUCAGAGGGUAAGAAAUGGAGUAAAUAUGCCUUCUCCAAGUGGGAUGAGAAUAAGAGUAAAUCUGAGAAACAUUAUCUCAAGCCAUUUAGCAAUGAAGAGCUGAUAUUUCAAAUAGUUACCCAACUCAACACGUGUAGUGCAGGAGGGGGAAACCACAGUUAUGAAGUUCGGUUACAGGAAAGAACAUGCAGUUGUGGGAAAUGGCAAAACAUAGGGAUCCCGUGUUCACAUGCAAUCAGAGGCCAAAGUGGUUGCCUAAUCCAGCAUUGUUACGGGCCAAAGGUCGACCAGUGA